AUGAAGGUUGUGAAACCACGUGGAUUAGAGUUUAUUCGGGCUAAAAUGACAAAGGAAAGCACAGUCAUGGAGUACUUUGAACAUUUAGAGAGGUGCAUUAGCAGACAUGACCUAGCAGAUAAACCACAUCUCAUCUUUAACAUUGAUGAAAAGGGACUAACUAUAGACCACAAACCCCCCUAUGUGGUAGGAAGCUCAACAUCAACUGUGCAAGCUGUUACUUCUGGUAAAGGUCAAACAGUUACAAUGAUAGGCUGCGGAAGUGCUAGUGGUGUCUCAAUUCCACCUUUUUUCGUAUUCCAAGGGAAAAGAAUGAAUUCUGAUCUUUUGAAUGGGGCCUCACCUGGAGCUUCAGGGACUAUGUCGGAAAGUGGCUGGUCAAAUACUGAUGUGUUCAGGAAGUACUUGAAAGAUCACUUUAUGAAGUUUGCACCUGGUCGCCAAGGAGAGAAGAUCAUACUUUUACUAGAUGGUCAUCGUUCCCAUGUUGCAGUUGACCUUGCUGAGUGGGCUAAACAGAUGAAUAUCAUUAUCUUUGUGUUACCAGCCCAUACAAGUCACAUAUUGCAACCCCUUGAUGUGGCUUGCUAUGGGCCCUUUCAAAGGAUAUAUAAUAACCUUUGUCACAAGGUUAUGAGACAGACCUCAGCUGCUAUAACAAGGUACAAUAUUUGUGAAAUAGCCUGCAAAGCAUACUCCAAGGCCUUGUGUGCAGAGAACUUGCAUGCAGCUUUUCAGAGGACAGGUAUUUAUCCCAUAAAUAAGGAGGCCAUCCCAAAGGAGCAUAUGAUCCCAUCAGAGGUGUUUUGCAGUCAGACAGUGGCUAAUGAGGAUGGGAAUGACAGUGACGCCACAGUAGAAGGGGGUAUUACUACAAAUGCAGCAACACCUGAAGAUCUUUUUGAAAAGCAAACCCUCAAGCUCAAAAAUGUGAAGUCGAAAUUAAUUAAUAAACCACGAAAAACCAUGAGCAAGCUUGUUUCAGGAAAAGAGCUGACAAGUGAUGAAGUAUGUGAGGCCAUACAACAGCACAUAAAAGAUCAACAGAAACCUACCAAAAAACCUGCUAAAAAAACUGCCAAAAUGUCAAAAUUAGUGAAAAAGUCCCCAAUGAAGAAAUCAGUAUCACCCAAACCAGGUCCGUCACACAUUAACUUGCUUGCUAGUUCUGAGUCUAGUUGUGAUGAGGAUAUUGAAGAUGAAGAAAAAUGUUGUGUUUGUGGACUUUUUACACCAACAGCACUAGCUAAUGCAGUCUCCAUCACAUUCGCAAAGUGGGCUCAAUGUGAUGGCAUGGUGAAUGGAUAUCCAUGUAAUCACUGGACCCAUCUUAUUCACUGCACAAAUGUCAGAGUAAUAAGAAGAGGGGACACAUUCCUAUGCCCUCACUGUGAAGUCAUGGAAGAGUAA